UUCCCGUCAUACCCUUUUCAUUGAUGCUGUAUAUUAUCCUUGUCUCAAGGAUGAUGGCUAAUGAUAAUCUGCACGCGUUUUCUUCUUAUACCCUCUGUUAUACCCGGUCAGUUAUGUAUGUCUUGUCGUUGAUGUUUUCCGCCCUUGACUUGUUGUUUCGUCGGGAGGCUUUGAAGAAUGUUGUUCGAUGUGCAGUUACGAGUGUUGUUGCGAUUGUGCAUUUUUCAUAUGUCCAUGAUAGAGGGACGGUCAGAUGGUAUGGCGGUGAAUGUUUCGUUUUGUUUGGGUCGGCGUAUUACAACAGCCCAUGUUUGCAGUUAUCAUUCUUCCGUGUCUUCUAUUUUCAACGUCCUUGAGCAUCGGGAAUCUUUCUAUUUGCACUUCCCUACUUUCUGCGACACCCCACUGCUGUUACAUUUUGGGUACUCUUCACUAUUACUCCUGGCUUCUACAUUUCAUUUUCUACACAUGGAACCACACCCCUCUUGUCCAGUUGCUGCUAUCGUGAUACUCUCGAUGCUGUCUUUAUGCUCUUUAUAUGCAGAUCAAACACGGUUGCACACUGGGGGCUCCUAAUUUGACCAAACCCUCAACAACCACAAUCCCUCCCUUUUGCCUUUGUAGUUGAACCGUAUAGGCUUCAAAUUUCUUUCAGUGAUGGCUCAUACGAUAUACACCUGAUUUC